AUGUCGAACUUCCUCUACAGGCUCCGUGACGAGGUCGUUAGUCUGGAAGAGCGUAAAAAUUCGCUAGAAUUGCAGGUUAUUUCGGACCCAGACAAGCUUCCUGAACUCGUGGAGAAUCUUCUGAAUACCGUGAACGACUCUGAACGCCGGAUAACUGAGCUCUUCGCCAACCGCAUACAAAUAACCCAAUCAAUAACAAAAUACCGCAAGGUGACUUGUAUGCUCGACGAAGAUAUGGAUGGCGACGUGACUGCCUUCUUCAACGCCAUUGAGAAGACUGCCGACUUGCAGUCGGAAUUAGAGGUCCUGAAGAAGACUCUGGCUGACCUCACCGAGGAUCAGAAGAAUGAAAGCAAACUACUGACAGAGUUAACUGAUGCCGUGAACCUCCUAGAGAGCUCAUUUGUCAGCCAAAAGUUCCACCUUUCCAAUCAUGACGAGCACGCAACCACAAUGAAGACCAAGCUGACGGCUGAUUUGGACAAGAUUCGUGCCGAGGCCUCGAGGGCGCAGUCCAACCUAAGCAAGCUGGAGGCCCUGCUUAAGAAUACUAAGGCCCUUUACGACGAGGGAGUAUCCAAGUCUAAGGUAUGUCCUGGUUUUCUUUCCUUUCCUCUGCUGCUACUACCACUACUACUACUAAAUCGGCAAUUUAUUGUCUGGCUUUAUCCUUGA